GCAUAUCAGGACAAUAAGGGCUCAUGACAAGCUCGAACGUGAACCGGCAAAACGACCCCGAAAGGGACAAGCGGCGCACUUCCUAAAAAGGAACUGGGAGAGGAUGUCGGAGCAACGUCUUUCAGGAGGUUAUGGGCGGAGAGAAGAGAGGGGUCUUACGCAGAAACGAAAGUUUUGGAGGCCGCGACGUCACUGGCGGGAAAUAUAAGUGUCAGUCUCACACACACACACACACACGCACACACACACAGCCUGGGAGCACCAAGAUGGAGAAGAAGGGCUCCGGGUUUUAUGUUUCCAUGUUGAUGGCAGCACUCAUUCUUGUGGAAACUUCUGGAGCACAGGACCAUGCAUUGUGGACUACAGCUUCUCCAGACUUGAGUGGGAAGAUGGUCACCUUGUCUUCCAGAGGGGGAGGAGUCACCUUCUACCCGCCUGAUCACUCUCUUCCCCCUGACAACACCAGAGCCUACCCCACCAGGGCCUACCCCACCAGAGCCUACCCCACCACAGCCUACCCCACCAGAGCCUACCCCACCAGAGCCUACCCCACCAGAGCCUACCCCACCACAGCCUACCCUAGCAGUACCUACCCUAGCAGGACCACAGAGUCACCUUAUUUAGGUGUGAGCGUGUGCGUGCGCUACAUGGCGGUCCAGCAGAGAUCCUCCUUCGUCUGGACGCUGAGUCCCUCCAGCCGGGGUGCCAUGACGCUGGCAACUAACACCGAGGGCUCCUACUUGCUGCGCUGGCAAAACCUGCAGUACCAGUCCGUCCACCUGGAUCCCAAGAUCAAGAUCUGGCCCGACGUCACGCCGGAUAUCUGGACCCGGGUGUGCGUUACCGUGGAUACGCUGCGGAGCGUGGCGCAGAUCUUCAGGGACGCCGACAUGAGCGUCAGGACGAUAUUACCGCUGAAGUUCCUGUGGUCAGGUGAGCCAGUGGUUGCGAUGUCAUAUUUUGAUGGUCAGGUGACAGACUUGCAGGUGUGGGAUUAUCCUCUUUCAUACUUCGUCAUCCACAACUACAUGAACAACAGAUGGCUCACUGGUUCGGUCCUGACUUGGUCCAACAUCAGAUACUCCCUGUCAGGCAGCACUCUCGUGGAGCUCGUCUACGAGCGCAGGCAGGAGAAGAGGGCCGGCAAAAAGAGUCGAGGGCGUCGACCACAAAAGCCCCGCAGGAGCGGCAAGAACAGCCUGCUCAAGAUUUUUACACAGGCCCAUUAACCCACACAGGCCCACUAACCCACUCCACACAGGCCCACUAACCCACUCCACACAGGCCCAUUAACCCAUACGGGCCCAUUAACCCACUCUACACAGGCCCAUUAACCCACACAGGCCCACUAACCCACUCCACUUUGGUGACAGAAGAAUAAUCUGAGGUGGAGGCAGAAAUAAAAAGAUGUAUGAACCAACAAA